AUGAAUACUAAAGACAAUGAUGAACGAAUGAAUUAUCUUGAGCAAAUGACUUUUGGGGAAGCAUACAGAGUAGUGUCUGGAUUUAGUCAUAUGUCAGGAGACAGAGCCUACAAAGCAGCUAUGAAUCAGCUUGAAGAGCGGUACGGAGACAGUGAGGUAAUUGCAACAGCAUUCAUAAAGAAGGCAUUAGACUGGCCAGCAGUGAAGGAUGCAAAGAUGCUAGAUGAGUUCUCCUUGUUCCUUGUGGAGUGUCAGAACGCAGCUGAAAGCAUCGAUAGUGUUUCUGUCUUAGAUUAUUCAGACAACAUAAAGAGACUUAUGACAAAACUUCCUGUGUAUAUGCAUGAUAGGUGGAGAAAUGUUGUACUGAAAACUAAAGAAGCCAAGAAGACAGUGAAGUUUAAAGAUUUUGUAAGUUUUGUGAAAACAGAAGCUAAGAAAUCGAAUGAUCCUACGUAUGGUAAUGCAUCUAUUGGUGGAAAUUCCAGAAAUCAAGAUCGUAACCAGAAGAGAGCUGUUGCGUCUACUGAUGUUACAAGUGAAGUACAAGACUUUAAUGUACGAGAACAGAAAUGUGAAUUCUGUGAAAGUAGUACCCAUGCACUGAAUGACUGCAAGAAGUUUGUAACCAAAGGACUUCAAGACAGAUACAACUUCCUGCGAAAUAAUGGACAGUGUUAUGGAUGUCUUAGGAAAGGCCACAUAACUAAAAAAUGCAAAGCAAGACUUAAGUGUUCCAUAUGCAGUAGGCGUCACCCUACGAUCCUACAUGAUCCUGCGAAAUGUGUAGCAAAACGUACAGAUGAAGACAAAGAAAACAUUAAUCCUAUGUCAACAGAUAUCAAAACUACAUGCAAGUUCUCCAAACCUCACAUCAGUGCCUUUAGUGAUAAAGGGGCCGGAGAAACAACCUGUGCUAUGGCAAUAAUUCCAGUGAGAGUAAAACUGAAAAAUAAACCGUAUAGCAUAGAAACUUAUGCAUUCUUUGACUCUGGCAGCAGUGUGUCAUUUUGUACAGAAAACAUAAUGCAUAGGCUUGGAGCAAAUGGCAAGAAGAAACAAAUCACCAAUGGGGAAUUCUCAGAGGUUGAACACAUAUGUUAUCAGUGGUUUGCAAGUGUGUGGACUUUCAAUGGAACAUGUGAUUGA